GUGAAAUGCCAUAAUUAUGUCGUUAGUGGUUGCUACGGUGGUUGCCCGGGAAAUAAAAAAAUUACAAAGUUAUUAAGGAUUUAUUAUCAAUUUAUUUUCGAUACUUUCGGAUGGAAAAGCCCGAUGCUAAUGGCUUCGUUAACAUCAAUUGGCCAAGCAAAACAAUUCCACAUGGAGGAAUAUUCCAUUCCCGUACUGCACAAUCCUCUGAAGAUCAACAACAAUUUUUGAAAGUUCUGUUGGAGGAAUCAAAAUUGACAAUCGCACAGCGUAGAAAGUCCGCUUUGGCUUUACGCGAACAUGAAAAAAGGACUGAAAGGCGACCACAAGUACAAACCCAAUUGGUUAGACCGCGAACUUCGAGAAGACGCUCACUUUCUGAAAUCAGACAAUCUGGGGCUUUCGACUUGGAUUCUUAUAUGCCGCGAAAGCGCGGUGAGGACAGAGAGAAGAUGAUACAAAAAUUGGCAAACCUCAUGGCUUACGGAGAUACACCUGAACAAGCACCUCCUAAACCUAUCCGUGAAUCUAAGCCAGCUCCGAAGUUACCCACAAAAAAGGAAAUGUGGCAUGAUUUGGUGACCCAGAUACGUGAACGAGCUGAAUGGCUUGACGAGAUGGAAUUCUUAGGCGAAGCUGGCCCUCAUCGAGACAUCAUUAAAGACCAAAUAGCUGAGAGAAUGAAAGCUCUAGAUAAAUUAGGCAUCGACAGCAUAUGCUCCACUGCCAGGUCCUCAGCUUCUGGGUUCAGCACUCUAAGAAGUCGAGAAAUAGUUCAGUAUGAUAGAGGAACUGAGGAGCCACAAAGAUCAGGUUCAAAGCACAGUAAAAUAUCCGACAAACUUAAAUCUGUUACCGUUUCAAAGAAAAAGCUAGAAAAAGAAGAAAAUGUCAGAGCUUAUAAUCAACUAUCUACAUUGCAGUAUUCACCAAGAAGGCGUGUUUAACAUUUUUUAUUAUUAUAUGUAAAUGUUUAGUUUACCGAAUCUUCUGAUUAAAUUACAAACCUGAAGUGUGAAAUAAAUACAUUCCUUUAAACACAAAAAUUGCUUUUAUAUUUUGAAUAAUAAAUACAGUUCUAGUUUGAUAAAACUAAUUACCCAUCAACUAUCACUUUCAUCAUCAAUGAUAAUAAGUUUUGAUUUCUUUGGUUUUGGUGCACUGUCAUUCAUGGUUAUUUUUGUUUUAUUGUUUUCCUUCAUUUUACUACUACUAGAUUUGUUAUUAGAGGUUUGAGUGACAUUCUUGAUGUUUGCAUUAGUCAGAGUACAACUGGGUGCUCGAGAUUCUAAUUCAAAUGUUGUAUAUUUUCUUAUGGGCAUUUUCAGACUGAAAUCACUGUCUUGUGCAAAUUCUAUAUUAGGUCCUUUUUUUAUAUAACUUAUUGUACUAUAUGCAGUAAAAUGAAAAUCUUCUAUUAAAUAAUUUUCAACCAGUAAAAAUGCUAUAAUAUCCUCACCUAGUGUCCUUGAAAUAGCAGGACUUUUACCAUUAUGCCGUAAAUUUACUGGCCCUUUAAGAAACCAUGCAUCAAGUAGUUUCUGAGCAGUCAACUUUGUGUCUUGUUGAUCUGCGUUAUCUAUUAUACUAGAAAGUGUCCUACAGUAAGAUUCCAGGUUUAUUUCUUUCGUAUUCAAAUUUGUCUCACUGCAUACAUCACACAUUUUAUUGCAAUCGUCACUUCCCCAAUCUUCAUUAAAAUGUUCUGCUAUUAACUUUCUUCUGCAAAUAUUUCCUGUAAUACAAUAUUUGACCAUACCAUACAAGUGACCAAGAUCACCCACAGAGGAGAAAACCAUAGCACUAACUUUGAAAAUAUCUUGCAUCCUAUAUAAUGUAACACAUUCAGCUCUUAAGCCAUCCCGUCCAGCUCUACCACUUUCUUGAUAGUAAUUUUCCAUUGUUUUACUGAUAGUGUGGUGGAUAACAAAUCUGACAUCAGGUUUGUCAAUGCCCAUCCCAAAUGCAACUGUUGCUACUAUAGUUUGAUAAUGUUUAUCAUGCCACUUCAAAUGUACUUUAGAUCUAUCUUUGGCGUCCAUAUUUGCAUUGUAGCAACCUACUUUUAGACCCCUUUUACGUAAACCACUAGCCAAUUCUUCAGAAUCUUUAAUGCUGUUUGUGUAUAUUAUACCAGUCUCAUCUUUAUAUCUAUAUUUUAAAAGUUUCUCCAAAAUAUUGAGACAUUCUUCUUGUGAUGUGGGUUUUUCUAAUAUUUUGUAAAAUAAAUUUGGCCUGUUAAAGGUGGACUUUAUAACUAAACAGGCAGGGAUAUUAAGUAUUUUUUGUACAUCAUUCAGUACAUGGCUGGUGGCUGUAGCUGUCAGUCCUAAUAUUGGCACUUUAGGGAACAUAUUGGAAAGGAUUCCAAGAAAUUUAUAAUCUGGUCUGAAGUCAUGGCCCCAUUGUGAACAACAGUGCACUUCAUCUAUAGCAAUUCUUUGUAAUCUGCCAUCACUAUGGCACUUUUGCAAGUUUGACAUAAACCUCUUACUCUUAGCAAGUCUCUCUGGAGUAACAUAAAGCAACUUGAUACUUGUAUCCUUAUCUUUAAGAACAUUCAACGCAGCUUGCGUUUCUUCUUUUGGACUAGUACUAGUCAUUAACAUGGCUGGUAUAUUCCUGAUUUUUAAAGAUCUCACUUGGUCUUCCAUUAAUGAGACUAAAGGCGAUAUAACGAUAGUUAUACCAGGUUUCACCAAAGCAGGCAGCUGAUAACACAAACUUUUACCAGCACCAGUUGGCAUAACAACGAUUGUGUGCUGACCAGAAAGUGUAGAAUUGAUAGCACUUAGCUGCUGUGGUCUAAAAUAAUUUAACUUAAAAACAUUGUGUAAUGUAUUGUUUACAUCUAGAGUCCACUCGUAUUCAGUACCAGCCCAAUCUACACUAGACAAAGUUUCAGACUUUAACUGAUCUAGCGAAGAUCUCAGAGCAGCUUUUCUUUCUUGUAAUUGUAACUGUACCUUUUUUAAUUUUCUUAUUUCUGAAUCUACCUUAAGUAAUUCUCCAUCCACCAAUUUUAUUUCCUUCUCCAAUUCUACUGCAGACUUCAUAGUGUUAUUUUUAAAGUUAUCAAAGUUUAGCGUUUUUGUUCAAAGUUGUUUCUGCUUGCCAAAGUAUUCUUUGAAUCCAAAUAAAUAAACUUAUGAAUAAAUGAGUUUUCAUUCAAAAUUGUUUACAAAAUAUUGUAAUGAAAAUUCAAAAAUCACACACAAGUAG